AUGCCUAUUUUAUUUUAUAUUUUUUAUAUUUUCUGUUUUCCCCUUAUAAAUCUUUCAGAAAGAACGUCAAAAAUAAAUUAUCAUAAUAAUUAUCGGUUCGUAUCUAGUGAGGAUAAAAGCAUGAUGAAUAAUUUUUUUAUAAAAUUAAAUAAAAUUAAAAACUUUCCAAAUUAUAAUACUCUUUGGAAAAUUAAAAAGUGUGGAUAUUUUUUCUUAUCUUAUAAAAAUGGGAAAAACAACUGGAAUAGAAUUUCUGUUAAUACUAUAACAAGUAGUAAUAAUAAUGAGAAAAUAACUGAUGAUGUGUUAGAUGGAAUUUCAUUUAGUAUCCGAGAUAAUACACAUAUAUUCAAAAACGAGACCAAGGAUAUUCCUAUUGUAUUAUUGCAUGGAUGUUAUGGAAGUCGAAAAAAUUUUAUAUUUUUUAGUAAACUAUUAAAAUCAAAUAAAGUGAUAACAAUGGAUUUAAGAAAUCAUGGAGAUUCUAAGCAUACCGAAAAUAUGCGAUUUGAUGAAAUUGAAAAUGAUAUAAAGAAUGUUUUAAAAAAAUUACAUAUAAAAGAAUGUUGUUUAAUUGGGUUUAGUUUAGGAGGAAAAGCAUCGAUGUAUUGUGCUUUAAAAAAUAGUUCGCUUUUUUCUCAUUUAAUUAUUAUGGAUAUAUUACCAUUUAAUUAUAAUUGUAAUAAAAAUCCUAUAAAGUUACCUUUUAAUAUAUCUCAAGUUACUAGUAUAUUAUAUCAUAUAAAACAUGAAAAGAAACCAAGAAAUAAAUUGGAAUUCUUACAAUAUUUAAAAUGUGAAUUACCAGAUAUUUCAAAUUCAUUUGCUCAAUUUUUAUGUAUGUCGCUUAAAGAAAAUAAUGAUAAAAAUCAAUUAACAUGGAAAAUUAAUAUUGACGCAAUUUAUAAAGAUUUACCCUUUAUAAUGAAUUUCCCAUUAAAUUCACAAGAAUAUAAAUAUCUUAAUCCAUGUAAUUUUAUUAUAGCCAAAAAAUCAGAUCUAGUUUGUUCCAUUCCAAAUUUUGAUAAAAUUAUAAAAGACUACUUUCCUUCAGCUAGCCAAAUCAUUUUAGAGAAUUCCACUCAUACGGUUUAUAUAGACGAAGCGCAACAAUGUGCUGAUAUAAUUAAUGGAAUGUUGAAUAAAUGA